GACAGUGGGGCGCAGGGUAAAGGGAAGUGAGAGCGCGGCGGGGAAGGCAAGCGGAGGGGGCCCUAAAGGAGAGGGCCGCUGGGACGGAGAGCGCCAGCUAGCAAGACUCCGCCUCUGGCCCCGCCCCGAGGGGCCGUGCGCCUGCGCGCCGUUGCCGGAGCCGGUGGGGAGCUGCGACGGUUUCCUUGACCCGCUUUCCUGCGAGGGUCCUGUGAAGACGUUCCCCAAGUGCCCCAUGUCAGCCAGCAAGUCUGACUCACAAGGCCUGGAAAGAGAAGCCUUUUAGAUUGUGGGGGGGUGAUCUUGUCCAGCUCAGUUUCCCUUUGGCCCCUGGGACCUGAGGUGGAAUCGGCCUUUUUGCACACCCAUGGCACCCCGACUGCAGAUACGGCUGAUAACGUGGGACGUGAAAGACACACUGCUCAAGCUUCGCCACCCCGUGGGGGAGGAGUAUGCUACCAAGGCCCGGGCCCAUGGGCUAGAGGUGGAGGCCACAGCCCUGGGGCAAGCCUUCAGGCAGGCAUACCAGGCUCAGAGCCAAAGCUUCCCCAACUAUGGCCUGAGCCAGGGCCUUACCUCCCGCCAGUGGUGGCUGGAUGUGGUCCUGCAGACCUUCCGCCUGGCAGGUGUUCGGGAUGCACAGGCUGUGGUUCCCAUUGCUAACCAGCUAUAUGAAGACUUUAGCAACCCCUGCACCUGGCAAGUGUUGGAGGGGGCCAGGGCCACCCUGACAGGGUGCCGCAAGCGAGGUCUGAAGCUGGCCGUGAUCUCCAACUUCGACCGGCGGUUAGAGGAUAUCCUGGUGGGUCUUGGCCUACGGGAACAUUUCGACUUUGUGCUGACCUCUGAGGCUGCAGGCUGGCCCAAACCAGACCCCCGCAUUUUCCAUAAGGCUUUGCAGCUUGCUCACAUGGAACCGGCAGUGGCAGCCCAUAUUGGGGAUAGUUACCACCGUGAUUACCAGGGUGCCCAGGCUAUAGGCAUGCAGAGUUUCCUUCUGACUGGCCCGGAGCCUCUGGACCCCGUGGUCAAGAAUUCUAUACCUGAAGGACACAUUCUCCCUUCGUUGUCCCAUCUCUUGCCUGCCCUUGACCACCUAAAAGGCUUGUCCCAGGGGCUUUGAGUCUGCUAAGGGAAGUGGCUAUGCCCUGAGGCCCUGCAGGAGCCCCUAAACAAACAUCUGAGACAGGGAGCCCCUUCCUUCCCCAUAAAUCUGGCCUUUGCCCUCUCCCUGCGGCCUCCAUAACCCAUUCAGACUAUAAAGCAGAGUGCCAGGCUUUCUGCCCUGCUCCACUAACCUGCUUGUGGUCUCUGAGAUCAGUACAUUCUUCUUCACUCGUAUUCACACGUGUGCCCCUUUAUUAGUCCCCCUUACCUCUAGCAAGAUUCACAAGAAUUUUCAAACUUUAUGUUAGCCACAGAGCCCUAUAAUCAUGGCAUACCUUACAAUACGCAAAACAAAAAUAAUGAGAAACUACUAGAGUAGAAACAGAGGCCCUAAGGCUACUGAUUCGGGCUUCUGCAGCCUCCAAGACACCCUCUCCCCUUGGAAGUGGGUGAGAGGAGCUUCGUUUGAAAAUCAGGGUGUUAAGCUAGGCUGUAAAGGACACUAUCUGCUAAGACCACAUAGUCUGAAUGGGAGAGAUUUUAGACAAGGAACUACAGUCAGAAGAUCCACCCUAUGCCUGCCGUGUGUCAGGCACUCUGCUAAGUUCUUCAUAUGCAUUACUUUGUUUAGCCCUCAGAGUUAUCUAGUAGGGGUCAGGUGUUGUGAGUCCCACCCCUACUUUACAAAUGAGGAGAACAGAUUCAGAGGUUAAAUAGCCUGCCUGAGUCAGUAAGUGGUGGAGUCAGGAUUCAAAUUUAGGCAUAUCUGACUCCAGAGCCCUUUGGCUCAACCACGAGUUUGCAAGUAGAAGGAUUUAUGUCUCAUGAGACAUACAGUCCAAUGGAGAUCUUGAGAGAGUAGGGAAUAUAUUCUAAAGGAUGUCAAUCUUGAGCAUAAGCAAGAGGCAUAGGGAAAAGGCACAGGGAAAGGGGACUGGAGCUCAGAAUGGCGGGAUUGUAAGGAAUGUGGGUGGAAUAAUUAGAGACUGGAGAAGUAAGUAGGUUGGGUUUUAAAAUUCUAUUUCUCUUCCUGCCUGCCCCCUCUAUACACCUUUCUACUUGGUAUCUACUGGGUACCUGUGUGCCUUGGGGACCAAAGGUUAAAAGCACAAGAUAGGUACACACAGUGUAUAUGUUCAGGUGCCAACAAGAGCAGCCAGGGAGAGGCCCUGAACUGGGGGUGAGGGGUUUGGCAUUUAGAUGGGCAAAGGAAUUGGGGUGGGGGGAGGCAUUUCUGGCAGCAGGGAAAUGAACUGUGGCCUAAAGGCUGCUGCAGGGAGUUGUGUAGGUUAGUUUAGGGGAGCAAUGUAUGGGGCCUUCAGCUGGCAAGUUGCAGAAAUGGGCUUUGACCUAGGUUGUACCCAGGCAAAGACAGGGACGCUGUCUCCAGACUUGGCUAAAUUCCUUCCAGGUUUGUCUUCCUUGGGCCAGGCGCCAAGACCAGGAAACUUACCAUUAACUCCCAUGUGUCAGGGCAGUGAGGA